GCUUACGGUAUGACGACUCGCGUGGUAUCCAGGUUCAAAGUACUGCAUCUGCCUGGGCGGGCGCAGUGACCCAAUGCAAGCCCAGUGCAUUCCCUGUCGGCAUGAGGCCUCGCCGGCUCGCCAGCCAAGAGGACCCCGAUCUACGAGUUUGUUCCCCCGCAACUCGCCGCAUUAUAAAAGUGUUUGGAUUGCUCCUCUGUCUAGGUAGUUUCGUCUCACCAUAACCCUCAGUCCUUAUUAAGAAGCGAUAUCUCCGUAGCCAGCGCAAAGGGGGGGUUCUUUGCUCUGAUCAAGGUUGCUCUUCAGCGUCUCUUUGGCACCCUACCAGUUCUUCGUUUUCUACUAGCCAACUAGAGCCCGCACCUAUCGAUUCCUGCCCACGAUGGACUCCUGUCAGAGCACAGGGGUUCCCGUGCAGUCGCCAGGUGGCUUCAGCGUGCCUGCGAUUCCCCAGCUAGCCCUACUCGACUUCUUCUUCCCUGGGCUCUCAGCCAUUUCGGGCUCGCUGGCAAAAUAUCUGCAUGUCGACCUCAGCGUGUACUUCACCCUUGCCCUGCUCUUUGGGGGUUCGACCUUUAUCUGGCGCUACUUCACCGAAUCCUUUUGGGGACUGGUCGAAGAACACUUCAUGUCGACGGUGGACAUCCGCACCGACGACGAGCUCUACAACUAUGUCAUGGCCUGGGUCUCGGCCCAGAGAUUCGCGCAAGGGGCCCGCCGCUUCAUCGCCAACGUCAACCUCGACUCGCGGUUCUGCUAUGUGCCCUGUGACUCUGAUGACGAGGACGAGGACAGCAGCAAGAAGCAGCCUUUGUCAUACACGCCCACCUUUGGAGAUCACUACUUCUGGUACAAGGGCCGCUUGUUAAUCUUCCGCCGGACUCAGAACCGCGAGCAGGGCUCUCCAGUCUUGGCCAGCGCACGGGAGGAAAUCUCCAUCUGCAGCAUCGGCCGGGGCACCUGGGUCCUGAAAGCGCUCCUCCACGAGGCCCGCGAGGCGUACAUGAAGAAGGACGAAGACAAGACGCUGAUCUACCGCGGGCAAACCCGGUCCGGAGGCAUGGACCCGUCCUGGCAACGCUGCAUGGCUCGGACCUCCCGCCCCCUGUCGACGGUCAUCCUCGACGAGAAGGUUAAGCAGGAGCUGAUCAGGGACGUCAAGGAUUAUCUCGACCCGGCCACGAGGCGAUGGUACUCGAACCGCGGCAUCCCAUACCGCCGCGGCUAUCUGCUAUACGGGCCGCCCGGCACUGGCAAAUCGUCCCUGAGCCUGGCACUAGCGGGGCACUUCAAGAUGCGCAUCUACAUCGUCAGCCUCAGCUCGGUGACGACAGGCGAGGAGAGCCUCGCGAGCUUGUUCGCCGACCUUCCGCGCCGGUGCGUCGUCCUACUCGAGGAUAUCGACACCGCCGGACUCUCGCACACGCGAGAGGAGGCGCCCAAGGACGUCGGCAAGGACGCCGAAACUCCCAAGGACGAGACCCCCACCCCGAAGGGCGAAACCGCGGCCAGCAGCGGUGGCAGCGGCCGCCUCUCCCUGUCAGGCCUGCUUAACAUCCUCGACGGCGUGGCCUCGCAGGAGGGCCGCGUCCUCGUCAUGACGACGAACCACCUGGAGAAGCUGGACAAGGCGCUCAUCCGGCCGGGCCGCGUCGACAUGGUCGUCAAGUUCGACCGCGCCGACUGCGUCAUGACGGCCGCCAUCUUCCGCGCCAUCUUCGCGCCCCUGGAAGUCGACGACAAGGCGGCGGCGACGGCCCGCGCGGCCUCUGAUGACGAGGAGGAGGCUGGCGGUCCCGAGAAACAGAAGCAUGAGGUGGGUAAGCCUGCCGGGACUGCCGGGGCUAAGGACGAGGUGGUCGCGCGCGUCGACGGCCUGGCUGGGCGGUUUGCCGCCGUGAUCCCGCCGCACGAGUUCAGCCCCGCCGAGAUCCAGGGUUACCUACUUAAGCACAAGAGACACCCCGAGGCAGCGGUUGACGGGGCGGAGCGGUGGGUCAUCGAAAUGAGGAAGGAGAGGAGUGGGAAGGAGGGGAAACUGAAACAAGUGGGGACGAAGCACGGAGAAGGAUCCGAGCGGAAACCCGAGGAGAGCAAGAAGAAGAAGAAGAAGCAGCAGCGCCGGAGCAAGGAGGACGGGAACGCGACGGAUUCAUCCUCGGCUCAAUCGGAUUCUGAGGCUGGUGGGAGCACGAAAAUUGAAGAUGAGACCGCGUCCAAAGAGUCCGAUCCCGCUGAGGCUCAGGAUGGGAGCUCCGAGACCAGUGUCAGUCAGGUUGAAGAGAGCAAGCAUGGAGGCGACUCUGGUUAUGGGACGCCUUGAGAAUAAAGGGGCGUGGCGCUAUGGCGUUUUGGGUCGUCAAUCCCUUCCACUUCUGUACAUAUAGUACUUUGGUACCUGCGUUUG